AUGCAAACAACGGCAAAACCACAUCUCUACUCCCUCUCCCACCGUGGCUACAUCCAAGGCCUCACCUUCUCCGCCGCAGCCACAGACACCCCUCUCUGUCAUUUCUUCGGUAAUCUCCGCUACGGUCUUCCGCCCUCACAACGAUGGCGCAGAGCUUCUUCCCUCCCGUAUGACUAUAGUUACGGGACGAAAGAGGAGCCGGGGAAGUGCGAUAAGGGCGCUGGUGUGUGUCCGCAGCCAGCGUUUCUGGGACCGGUGGAUAAGAGUGGGUGGAGUGAGGAUUGUUUUCAGGUUAAUGUUUGGGUGCCGGUUGGGGAUUCUCCGGAGGGUGGCUGGCCUGUUCUUUUCUACAUCCACGGCGGCUGGCUCCAAUUUGGCUCUCCCAAUGGCUUCUCCGGCGUAGGUCUCCUAGGCGACUCCCCCGUGAGCGCCAUAAUCGUCAUGCCGGCCUACCGCCUCAACGUCUUCGGCUUCCUGUACUCCUCCGAACUAGAGCACGACGCUGCCACCGCAGGCGAAACAACCGGAAACCACGGUUUCUGGGACCAGCGACUUGCCCUAGAAUGGACGAGAGACAAUAUACGGCUCUUUGGUGGUAAUGCAGAGAAUAUCACUGUUGGGGGAUAUUCUGCUGGCGCAUACUCAACAUUCCACCAACUAACCUACGACCUCUCCCUCCCACCUCAACAAUCUAUAAUAAGAAAAGCCUGCAUCUGGUCCAACAGCCCCGCCGCCCAACCCAAGCACCCCCCCGAAGCCCAAACCCAAUUCAACGCCCUCCUCUCCCACCUCAACAUCCCAACCACUCUCCCAGACUCCGAGAAACUAUCCCGCCUGCGUGCCCUCGAUCCAGACACGCUCCUCACCGCAGCAACAUCCACCCAAUUCCACCAAUACCGCCCAACAUCCGACAGCACGUUCGUCUCAAAGGAUCUCUUCAAAAGCCUAGAGAACGGCGACUUCGCACGACGCUUCAAAAACCGCAACAUAAAACUGCUCCUGGGAGAAACAUGCAACGAGCCAAAACUCUACAGUCUUUGGUUUCCGCCGGAGGCUAAUACCCUAGAUGCGCUGCGCACCCGGCUCAUCGCGGAGUACCCAACGUCCACUGUUGACGCUUUAUUACCGCUGUACUACCCAGAUGGUAAACUGCCCCCAGGCCAAGAGAACUGGGACAGCGAUGCCUUCGGGCGUGUAUACGCCGAUAUGCAAGUGUACAAGAUGCAGCGCGGGCUUAUCCACUCGCUUGUCUCGCAUGGCGUUCCCGACUCCUCGAUUUACAGGUAUCGCGUAGAAAUGCGCCUGAAAUGUGCGGAGAAGCAAAUCCCAAUUGAGUGGGGCGUUACGCACGCAACAGACCAUUUUAUCUGGUUCUGGGGGAAUGGGGAGGUUCUCCAGGAGCGGGAGAAGGGGAUUGUUGAGAGGGCGUUGAUUGGGCCGUUGGCAAGGUUUUUGAAUGGGGAGAGGGAUAUUGGGUGGGGGACGAGUAGUCAUCGACAUAUGAGGGUGUUGAAGGGGAAUGGGGAAGUGGGGAUUUGGGAGGAUGCGUUUUGGGAUGAAGCGAUGAGAGUUUGGGGUGCUGUGCCGGAGAUUAGGGAUGGGAGAGGGAGUGCUCGGUUGUAG